GAUUUCUAAACGAAACGAAAAAGUUUUUUUUCGAUCUUCAACAACAAGGAAAAAAAUAAUGUUAUCGAGAUCAUUCAUUGAUGUCAAGUUUUUGAAACUUUUGAAGACAUUACCGUGUUUUGAGCACCACUAUCCCGGUUGGAACGAUGUGUAAAGCAAAACUGCAGGUCGCUGGAAUCUUAGCCAUGCUACUUUAUCACAUGUUCUUUAUAAUUGUGAUUCUGCCCUCUUCCAUUUCGAGAUCUCGGACCAGGCUUUCACUCUGGAUUGAUGAGAGACAAAUAGCUAGCUUUUUCGGAUACCCGUUGGAAGUGUUCAUUAUCAGUGAUGGAUCUGUCGCUCCAUAUCUGCUUGAUCCCAACGUGGAGGAGAGUAUACCCGUCAUUCCACCGGAAGUAGAAACCGUUAACCUCACGUGGGAAGCUGGACCGGAUAUAUUCACGUACUGGUUCGAUGACCUACAGUCCAUGGACGAGAGCCUCUUGUACCGACCACUUCUUAGCAUUCCAUCUUCUGGCGUGAUUCCUGGAGGACCAAAGAUUUUUCAGAUGUCGAUACCUUGUACCGGAAGAGAUACUGGGAUAGCGGGAUUGGAGCUGGGAUUACAGAUCUUCAAUAAAAAUGGGAGACCCAUCAGGGGAUCCCCCAUGAAGCUGAAACUAAAGAAACAAUGCAAUGCCAUAGUGGCGUCUGAUUUGUGUAACUUUGACUGUUUAAAUGGAGGGCGGUGCGGCCAGUACGGCUUCUGUGAGUGUGCCCAAGGAUUCCUUGGACCUCGCUGUGAAAAAUUUACUGAUGAAUUUUCACCUUUCACAGCCAUGUGCGACCCCGCGUGUGAGAAUAACGGCACCUGUAUGUCGCCGGAAGUGUGUAUUUGCCCCGACGGUUUCUCCGGUAAAAGAUGCGAGAGGGGUAAGGAUGGGGCUAGCAAUCAAUCUCUGUGCAAAUCGCCUUGUCAACAUGGCGGCCGAUGUAUUCAGGAGGAUGUCUGCUGGUGUACAUCCGGGUAUCUUGGCAAUGCCUGUCAAUAUAGCAAGUGUAAACCCAAUUGUCAAAAUGGUGGAACUUGCAUAGGUGUAAAUAAGUGUAGAUGUCCAGUUGGUUACCAGGGUAACUUAUGUCAACAAAGAAGAAGUCGGCGGAGAAAGGGCAUUAAAACUGGGUACGGGGGAAAGAAGAAAAAGAAGAAGAAGAAUAAACGGAAGAAAAAGAAGAAGAACAAGAAAAAGAAGAAUAAAAAGAACAAGAAUCUCAGUGAUAAGAAAACAAAUAAUCCCAAAAAUAAGAAAGCAAGGACUCGACUAAAACUUAAACGAAAGAAAACAUUACUAGCAGAAAUCACCAGAUUUGCAAGACGAAAACGUAGAAGGCAAGAAAGACAGCGCAAAAGAGCGCAACUAAAGAAGGAAAAUGCUAAACGGAAGCGGAAACCUUUUGUGAGGUGAUAAAACCUAAAACCGUUCCGAGAUGGAAUAUUUUUCUACGGAAAUGUUAGUGCUCUUACUUACACUACAAGUGCAUUAUGCCGGUUGAAAUUAUACGGGUCUCUAACUGACGCAACAGAAAAAAGGAACUUAUGUGAAAUAUAAGUCCUCUCCUCAUUGUCUGUGAUAUCCAUUGUAGACGAACGAAUGUGCAAAGAGAGCAUUAGAUGUAUUCAUUAUUUAUAUAUGCUUGUUAAUAAUAUGUGACAAAAAAUAUACAAUAGGCAUGUACUUGAGCAUAUGUUAUGUUCAUAAUUUUUGCAUAUGCUUCCACGGAGACUUCAGAUAUCAAAAUGCAAUACAAUAUUCUGAAUAAAGAAUUGUCAGUGAAAAUUAAUGAAAAGUUAACAAUAUUCGUAUGUAUACAUCUUCAGGCAUCUUUAAAUUAGCUAGAAAGUUCAUAAGUUGGCAUUUAUUCACAAAGCUGUGAGAUAUUGCCUGAUUAAUCGUGAGGUAAAUCAGGUUUUUCUUAAAUGAUUUCUUGGAAGGAGGGUGUAUAUAUUUUUUUUUCAUAGUUAAAACCAAUGAUAGGUAACCUUAUAAAAAAAAUUACAGUAUUAUGCAAGAAUGGUAUUCAAGUUGAUGCAUUAACAUGCGACAUUAUUUUAAGCUGAAGUAUUAUAGAUACAUGUAUGUACUUCAUGUAUUGGUCCAAAAAAAGAAAGAUACUUUGUUGAAACCUUUAUCUUUCUUUUAAUAGAUAUUUGUUAAUGAAGUUUUAAGAAUCUCUCUCUCUCUCUCUCUCUCUCUCUCUCUCUCUCGUUAAAUUGUCAAUAUUUGACGUUUACACAAUGAACAGGUAUCAGUUUUUCAAUGAAAGCAAUGAGUUAAGUAAUAUUCAUAAAAACAUUGUAUAUUUAAAUACCAGAACCUACCACACAUUGCAAAAUGCCUUUUAUUAUUUAUAUUUAUGAAUAGCUUCGUUGCUAUUUUGACAAACAUGAAAACGAAAAUAAAUUAUUUGAUUCU